CAGGAGUCCCAAAGCAGUGGUCUAGCUCUAAGAGGCCAGCAUACACACAUAGCUCUUGUACGAGGCACGCCAUCAUCCAUUCUCGCAGAGACCUUUCAUAGCCUUUGCCCGAGCUCAACUUUACCAACCUAACUAAGCCAUACGCGAUAUGGAAACUUAUUUCUUUCAAAUCUGUAAGGCACAUUAAGUGUCUGUCCUCAGUAUCCUAUUGUACUACUAGUGCAGUGGCUUUCCAGGUUAUCACGUAACUCUCCCCACUCUCACAACGGCGAAUCCGAAUAUUUUUAGCGCCACGUACCCGCAUGCUACGCAUUCACAUGAUCCUCUAGCUGAACUUUUAUAAACAGGCGCAGUUGGACUAGUCGCGUCGUUGACUCGCGCGGUACUAAUGGCUCCUUCUCGCUACGUUGGCGUACUUGCGCUUGUCGCGGCAUGCCUUCUACCUUCUGGUGUCCUGGCUCUCUGGCCCAUUCCAAGUACACUCGAGACAGGGACAACUUCUCUCACAGUUUCUCCUUCCUUCUACUUUGAUGUGCAGGUCGAAGGCGCGCCAGAGGAUCUGUAUGAGGCGGUCGCGCAAGCGCAAUACUAUCUUGCAAAUGACAAACUUGGGCGCCUUGUCGUCGGCCGUGGUGCAAAUGACACUUCCGCUCUUGUUAGUGCAAAGACGCUUUCGACAUUGACACUGUCUCUCACGAGCGGGGCGACUGUAGAGCCUAUUGCUUCUGAAGCUGUGAAGCCCCUGGGUACUCGUAGCGAGGAAUACGCGUUGACAAUCCCAGCAGACGGCUCGGCUGCUACUUUGGUGGCGAACUCGACGUUGGGUCUGUACAGAGGGCUCACUACCUUUAAUCAACUCUUCUACUACUACGGUGGAGUAACAUACACUUUGCUUGCCCCGAUUGCCAUUACGGACACUCCUGCAUAUCCUUUCCGAGGAUUCGCCCUGGACACCGCGAGAAACUACUACCCCGUUGGAGAUAUUCUGCGAACUUUGGACGCGAUGAGCUGGGUCAAGAUCAACACCUUCCACUGGCACAUCACAGACAGUCAGAGUUUCCCGCUUGAAGUUGCGCAGUAUCCCGAACUUGCUAUCAACGGCGCAUACUCUCCGCUUGAAGUUUACACCGCGAGUGAUGUCCAAUACAUCGUUCAGUAUGCUGGUGCAAGAGGUAUCGAUGUUGUGAUGGAAAUUGAUACACCCGGCCACACUUCCAUAAUCGCGGCUACUUACCCCGACUAUGUUGCGUGCUUUGAUGAAACUCCUUGGGCCACAUAUGCCAACGAGCCCCCCGCCGGCCAGCUUCGUUUCGCACUUCCCGAGGUUGUAAACUUCACUGCUUCAUUGCUUGCAGACAUCGCAAGUGACCUGCCUUCAUACUACUUCAGUACUGGGGGCGAUGAACUGAAUACGCCAUGUUACGCCAACGACUAUCCCACGCAACUACAGCUCAAUAGCACGAACACAACGUUGAACGAUGCUCUGAACACGUUUACGCAGGCGACGCAUGCUGCAAUUAUCGCCGAGGGAAAGACACCAAUCGUGUGGGAAGAGAUGGUCCUCGACUGGAACAUUACACUCUCCAAUGAAACUAUCGUAAUGAUUUGGAUUUCUUCCGAGGAUGCUGCAGCAGUGGUAGAAAAAGGUUUCAGGAUUGUCCAAGCCCCAUCUAACUACUUCUACUUGGAUUGUGGUGCUGGUGGAUGGCUGGGAGCUGACCCAACUUUGAAUAGCUGGUGCGACCCCUUCAAGACCUGGUCUGAGGCAUACACCUUCGAUCCCUUAGCAAACUUAACAGAGGCACAGUACAAAUUCGUUCUCGGAGGCGAGCAACUUUUGUGGAGUGAGCAGUCAGGUCCCGAUAAUCUCGACCCUAUCGUGUGGCCCCGUGCUGCAUCUUCAGCAGAGAUUUUCUGGAGCGGCAAGCAACCCACUGGCGCCCCAUUGAACGUCACAGAGGCAUUACCUCGCUUACAAGACCUCCGCUUCAGGAUGGUACAGCGCGGGCUCAAACCCAUUGCACUUCAGCCUUAUUGGUGUGCAAUUAGGCCUGACGCAUGCGACCUGACAGCUUGA